UUUUUUUUUAUCAACAAAAUAAAUGCAAAUAAAGGGUCUUGUUGUUUUGGUUGCUACUCUAAUCGGCUGUUCACUUGUCCCAACCUUGACUGCACUUCCAAUCACUUCAAAGCUACCCAACCCAGAUAGACAACCUGACGAUGUAUACAAUGUGAAUGUGGACCAGUUUGCCCAGCUAGUCUCGACCCAUCUUCAGUUUGACCAUCUGGACUCCAUCGUAUCAGCAACCUACAAAGAAAUUGCCUCACAGUUCCAGCACCACAUCGAGAUCACAACGCAGUCUACAGACCCAUCAUCUUUAAAGCCCAUCAGGACAAUCAGACUAUCAUCAAUAGAAAACGAUCAAUAUGCUUUCCAGCAGCCAGCAGCGUCUUCUGGACCAGAUGUGAUGGAUCUUGAGAUCUUAAAGGCCCAGAUGUUCGGAGCUAUCCAGGCCCAUACCGAGGGUGAUCUACCUGUGGCAUGGGAUCGCUUGGCAGAUAAACUCGGCCGACCUGCCCUAGAGUCCUUUGUCCGCCAAUUGAUCUCAUCCCAUUGUGGGACAGCCAACAUCAAUCACCCAAAAAGACAAUCUUUCUCCGAUCUCGUCGUUCUUUCCGAGUGCCUCGCCCAAAACUCUGUCCUACUUUCCUCAAGACUCGACCAAUAUAUCUCUGACAAUCUGUUGGAUAUCUUUGAAGCACUGGAUUCUAAAGUCCUACCAGAUAUGCUGUCCCACACAACCAGAGAUCUCAAGGAUGUCCUGGACUACUUUAACACCGCAUUUCUCCAAGACGAUGACCAAGAGCUGGUCUUGCAGGUCAAGCCAUGGGUCAAGGGUGCCCUUAACAACAGCAACCAGCCAACAUCUCUCACCGACCGUCUGAUGGCCCUCAAUGUCUAUCCUACAAAUGGAGAAGAAGAUCAUCCAAUCGUCAUCUUUUCCCACUACGCCUCUUUGGCCAAAGUUUAAAAAAAAAGAUGAUAUUUAUAUACAUUUUAUACAAAUAGAGGUGGAUUAUUUAUAUUUAUAUCCCCACAAUAGACCCAAAAGAUAAUCCAGAAAAAGGCAACCAAAAGAAAGACCAAAGAGAUUGGAUGAAACAGAUGAAUGGGUUUGGUUUGAUUAUUAGGAUCGUUAUUUGUAAUACAUUCACAAUCCCUCUUCUACACCCCCUCUCCCCCCCCUGUAACUCCUCUUCCUCCUCCUCUUCUUCUUCUUUAUUAUUAUUUUGUUCAUCCCCAUAACUUGAAAAGAAAAAUCGAAUCCCUCACAAAUUGUACAUUGUUCCCCUUUUCAUUCAUUUAUUCAUUUAUUCAUUCAUUCAUUCAUUCAUGCAUUCAUUCUUUGACAUUCAUUUCUUCUUUUAAAUAAAUAAAUUAUAUAUAUAUAUUAUUUAUUUGAUUCAAAAUAUUUUGCAAAAACUAAACCUUUUAAAUAUUUUAUUUUUUUGGGUUAUAAAAUAAAUAAAACAAUAUAGUAUAUAUUCACUUGAUCCCUU